AUGUCUUCUCCACCCCAACCGCAGAGAGCCAAGGUUAGCCUUGUGUCUGGAGAUGAGGUCGGUGCUCAGAUGGCAUCUCUCGCCAAAGAUGUGCUAGGCUUCAUCCAAACAGCCAGACCUGGAAUCAUAUUCGAUAUCCAGGAUUCUCCUGUGAUUGAACUCAAUGCCUCGUCACCGGCGGGUCAAGACUCGGAUGCCGUAUUCCUGUGCGGAGAUGUUCAUCUUUCGCCUGGAAGUGAGCAUAUCAGAGACCUCGGCGGUUUUGCCAACUUCCAACCGGUAUUUUACCCAAGCACUGGGCUCAUCCCGGAAGGACUGCGGAACAAGAGCGCUUUCCAGGGGCUUGACAUCACUUUCGUUGGCGGUAGUACCCAUACAAAAAUGGGGAGUGAGACCCCUCCUGAGACAAUUGAACAACUAGCACUCUGGGUAGGAGCAUACGCUAUGCGUUCUCACCCACCCAAGCCUGUCCAUUGUGUACUGUCAUUGACGCCAUUCUGGAAGUCCGUGGUCACCGAAGUAUUCAACGAACACUUUCCACGUGUCCCGCUACAUCAUGUUUCGACCGCUACAUCGGCGGAAGCCCUGUAUUCAGAACCAAAUAAGCUGAACGGGAUCGUUCUGACCACUGGGCCGGAUGGAGAGUUCCUCUUCAGUAAGGCUCGCGUCAGCAUGGGGCUAGAUGGCCUGCUGGCAUCGGCAAAUGUCUCAAUUCCAUCCAAGAAGGGCGCCGGAAACUUUGGUAUUUUCAAGCCUGGAAAAAUGAGUGCGCAAAGCGACAUGGUGGAUCCGAUCUCGAUCCUACCGGUUGUAAGCCUGAUGCUCGACAUAUCGCUCGGUCUAAGUGCAGAAGCUGCAGCAGUAACCAGAGCAAUCCGCCGAACUCUGGACCCAAUCGAACUUGUCGGCUCCAACAUCCGGACUCCUUAUGCCGGUGGAGUAGCCACUCCGGAAAGAUUCAUGAGCAAAUUCAUGGAGCAUCUAGAUUCUUAUCUCGAAGCGGCCAGAUCCGAGACAGAAACCCGAGCGUUGCCCAGGCAGCCAUGCGUAGCUCCUACAAGCCAACGACGUCCAAUGGGUGUAAUUGAAAAGAUUAUGACCCACGCCGCGGUUGGCUUGAGCAAACCGGAAGUACAAACCGGGGAGAUCAUCUGCGUAAAGGUUGACUGGACUUUGACAUCCGAGAUCCUCUGGGCGGGAAUGGAGAAAACAUAUGAAAAAAUGGGUCGACCUCGUCUGCAUCGCAAUGAUCGCAUGUGGCUGGCAAUUGAUCACACUGUUGACCCACGGACGAAUCAUCAGCCCCGACAACGAGGACUCAUUGAAAAGGCUGAAAGCUUCCAGCGUGAAGCAAAGCUUGUGAACUUCCUCCCAGCGAACACAAGCAUCCUCCAUACCGAUUUUACGCGUGACCGAGCUCUGCCCGGACAAAUUAUUGUCGGAUGUGACUCUCACUCCUGUUCCGCAGGAUGUGUUGGAGGUCUAGCUGUUGGACUUGGAGCUGCGGAUGUUGUCAUGCCGAUGGUUACAGGCGAGACUUGGUUCCGGGUGCCUGAGAUCUGCCGCAUCAACUUUGUUGGUAAGUUACCAUUUGGCGUUGGUGGGAAGGAUGUCAUUCUCCAUAUCCUCGGAAUUUUCAAGCGAAACACCAUUGCCUUCCAACGUGCAGUGGAAUACGGUGGCCCGGGAUUGAAGGAAUUGUCCAUGGAUGCCAGGUUCGCUAUUGCAAACAUGACAACUGAGUUCGGCGGUAUGGGUGCGUGCUUCGAGGCUGAUGACAGCACUGCGGAAUGGAUCUCUCGAAGGCCGCAUUUGGAGCAUCAAGGAGGUCUUUACUUCAGAGCGGACUCAGGUGCCGAGUAUGCCGAGGUGCGCACUGUCGAUCUCUCUGAGGUUGAGUUAACCAUUGCUAUGUAUCCCGACCCGGAUAAUGUUGUGCCCGUGGGAGAGAAACUUGGCACGAAGUUAGAUGGGUGCUUUAUCGGAGCUUGCACUACCACCGAAGAAGACUUGAUUGUCGGAGCCCUGGUACUAGAUGCCGGUCUGCGCACAGGCUUAGUUCCUUGCGAAGGACGCAGAAGGGUCACCCCUGGAAGUCUCAGCAUUAUCAAGCACCUUGAACGACACGGCAUCUUAGACAUCUACCGGCAGGCAGGAUUUGAUGUUGGAGCACCCGGCUGUUCAUACUGCGUUGGAAUCAACGAUGUUGACGUCGCUGGUGAAGGAGAAGUUUGGCUUUCCUCGCAGAACCGCAAUUUCCGAAACCGAAUGGGCAAAGGAGCUAUUGGGAGUAUAACUUGCGCUGCAGUGGUUGCCGCCUCGAGCUUUGACAUGGUAGUCACUGAUGCCCGGCCACUGCUGAAUCAAAUUGAUAGGGUGAAACUGUACAAGAUCCUGGGUAGUGAAAAGGUCUCCUUGACCAUUGCACCUGAGAUCAGCGAGCCUGAUCCUUAUAUUGCAUCCGAUAUCACCCCAGUCGUUGCUGACGGUAGCACUAGCACUCCCACUGAGACUGCUGCUUUCCCAGGAGAAACAGCCAAUUCCUCCACUCGUGACGUUCUUCAGUCAAAAGUUCAGCGUUUCGGUGAAAAUGUUGAUACUGAUGCGAUUAUCCCUGCUGAAUUUGUGCCGGGUGUCGAUAACGCCGAACUGGGCAGUCACUGCUUUGAGUACGAUCGGCCAAUUUUCCGACAAAAAGCAGCUGAUGGGUCGAGAAUUAUUGUUGCAGAUCGUGGAUUUGGCAGUGGCUCGUCUCGUGAAGAUGCCGUUAGAGCAUUGCAAGGAGCAGGCAUUGAAGCGGUUAUUGCGCCCACAUUUGCCUUUAUCUAUGACCGAAACCAGCUCAAUAUGGGCCUGUUCAACAUCACCUUACCGGAUCCCGAGUUUUACACGCUCGCAAACGAAGAUUCUAUCGUCAUUAUAGAUCGACAGGCUAGGACAGUCCAGGUUAAGGGAACGGAUCAGAUUUUCCAUUAUCAGCAGUCGGAAAUGGAGAAAACUCUUCUUGAUGCUGGAGGUGUGCUUCCAUUGUAUAACCGAUUUGGGCGCUCUGUGUUUAGGGAGAUUUCGAACACAAAGCGGAGCAUGGGUGGCUCAGCUGGUAUGGUUGACAAGGUUUUGCGAAGAAAUUUGGACUGGUGA